ACAACAAAAAAAAAUAACAAACAGGACAUGUAAUCAAGUAACAGUUUUCAAUUAUGUGCCAGAUUUAAUUUCUUUCAACAUUUUAGUGUGAAAUCAAGUUGGGUAGGUGGAUAUUUUUAACUAUAUAAAUAGAUGGAACAAGUUAGAAAAUUAUAGGCUUUUUGGACAGUAAGAUAUACAAUGACAGGAAAGGCACCAUUCUUCGUGAUUCUCAUCGCAGCUCUGCUCCUUUUGUCUUCUUUCUUCUUCGGAGAAGUAAAAGCUAUAUCGACCAAACAACCAAAGCAUCGGAAGCUCGGGAAUAGAGAAGGAGAUGAAAAUAGGAGCAAUGAAAUUGUUGUCCAAAUGAAAGCAAGAGUAAAGCGAAGCAAGUCAAAAAGGGGACCCCAGAAAAAGGAACCUUAUAAGAAGCCACCUUGCAGUCCCCCAACUCAUCCAGCAUAACAAUAAGACAUCAUCAAAAAAAAAAAAAAAAAAAAGAUUAAGACAUCAUCAUUAGCCUAUUGUUAAUUUCCUCUCUUAAUUAGAAAUCUUUAUUUUAAUCAAACAACUAAAUAUUCGUACACAUUGAGAUUUCAUCCCAAAAAUAAACCAGGAAAAUCUUCUUUUUCUCAUGUAUGUAAAUAUGUCUCUUCUUAUUUUUGUAAUCAUUGAACAUAGUCAUUACAAAUUUUAUCUUCCUGAUGUGGAAAGAAAGAAACAUUAGGUUGCACAACAAUGUCUCAGUAACUUCUACAGCGGUCUUUCGGCAGAUUGGCAUAAGCAUCAGAGACAUUCCUCUCUAGCUAGAUGAUAUCGAAAAGGUUUGUAGACAUCUGCUCUCUUAAUGGUUUUCCCACACUUAGUAAACUCAAGUUUCUUUGUACUAAUUCUCUAAGGUGAUUACAUUUAUUUGGCCAUAAAAGCUCCUUGCCCCCAACCAAUUGUAAAUAAUUGUUCCAUUUUAAUAAUAGAAUUCAUCACAUGUAAAAAAAAAAGUUUGAUAUG